AUGCGCAUUUCUACCAGGGAAUUGACAUUGAUCGCUGGUAUCAAGACGAUCAAGAUCGAUAAGCUGUUGAUUCUAGUAGAGCAGGCAAUCCGGUGGUGUGCGGAAGAUGUGAUGAAGAAGUUCUUGGGUUGGGUGGAUAAUAACGCUGGCCGGGUUCUGGUGUCAGAUGAAUUGAUCACCGUUAGUCUGGCUACACUGAUAAUAAUCCUUCUGCGAAGUACGCUGCAUGCUGAAGAGAAUGACGUAUAUUUGGCCGUAGAAAGAUGGGCCGUGGAGGCAUGCAAACGUGACAACAUGGGGCCUUCUCCAGCUAACCGCCGUCAGGUGUUGGGUGAUGCGCUGUUUCUAGUUCGCUUUCCGCUGCUGGAUCCCGGUCAGCUUGCGGAUGGUCCUGCAAAAAGUGGUCUUCUGACCGAAGCGGAGUUAGCCAGUUUGUUCCUCUAUCGCAAUGCCACAACGAAGCCUAAACUGCCGUUCCCGACAGAGCGUCGUCAGGACAGGCUGAUGCGAGUCGGAUUCCUGCCCGGACAGGAAGUAUUUGUAGAGAGUCCAGCGGGAUUCUGGUGGGAACCGGCCAAAAUCACCGGGACUACCCCGUUCAGUGUGACCUUUACGUGGUGCACCAGUCGCCGGGAAGAUAGCGCAUCGGCCGACAAAGUCGUUCGGGCUGCGCACAUCCUGUUUCACGGCCAGUGCCUGCAUGCGCUUACGGAGAAAGGCUAUUAUCGCUACUCGACAUAUCAGAGGAACAUGUGGACUGAAGGAUUGCAUGUUGUCUCGUGCAAUCGCAAAGAAAUGGCCGUUCGCUUUGACGAGCUGAUGCUACAGGAUAGCGAGGUGUCAGCGUGGAAUACGGUGCGAAGGCUUGUUCUGGUUGACGAAGAAGCUUGUUGGAACGGAGUGUUAUUAGUCAAUCAUUAG